UGGCCGGUCGCCUGCGCCGCGGGUCCUGCGGGUCCUUGAAUGCAUGUGGCGCGAUGUGGGAAACGGGAGGAAAAUAGUUUGACAGGAGGAGAUCCGGAGAGAUUAUUGUGUCCUGUGGUUCUCUGUGAAGAAAAUCAACAUGUUUUCAGUUCAGCAAAGUUGUUGGUUUGUCCGUAAGGUGAUUUGCUGGAGAGCUGCAGCCAGUAUUGCUUGGGCAGUCCUUUUGUUGCCUCCGACCACAGCAGUCUUUGUAAUCCUCAGCCGUUUCAGUGUUUUUCACCCAGUGCAGUGGAUAUCAGAAUGCCUGUCCCUCCUGUUAAGUAUUAGUGCCAUAUUCUCCCUGAUCCUUCUUUGUGGUGUUGUUAUUGUGAUUGGCUUUCUCAAUCUGGAGUAUUACACAGUUAUUCCUACAAUUGCCUGUUCAAAAAUUGCCCUACUUGGUCAGCUCCUCCACCCUCGCCAGUUUUUCAAUUCUCUGAUGCAUUGCAUUAUGGGAAUGAUAGUGGCUUGGUGUUGUGCUGUCACCAUUGGAGGCAGAUAUGAGACCCUUGGUUACUCUUGUCAGCAGAGUGAUGUAGGGGGUCCCACUCACAUGUGUCUGAACGAGUAUCAUCUUUUCCUUCUGCUCUCUGGGGCCUUCACAGGGCUUUCUCACAGCCUUUUGGAUGUCAUCCACAACAUGAACUAUGUCUCCUUCAACACGGUUCAGCAAUACAAAUAUCUGCGCUUCAAGGGCUCCAUUCCACUGGUGGUGAAGUGCAGUGCCACUCAAGCACUUUAUUCUCUCAGGAACUUUCUUAUAGUUUACUUCUUUCUGGGACAUGUACCCAAAGGCUGGCUGUGUAAAACUCUAAACCUGGACGCAGACAGCUCCGUUCACUCCCUGGACACUGUGGGCGGCCUGCUAGAUCUCUCCUUACUUUACCACACAUGGAUCAGUGCCUCCUUCCUCCUCUUCACCUGGUACACCACUCUGCUGCUCUUUAGGAUUUUUGUCACAGAGCUGUACAGUUUUCCAGUUCAGACUUCUUUCACAGACGAUGCCCAACAGUGUUUGCCCAAAGUCAUUGCAGAGAAGCAGCCCAUGAUUCUUAAGUUUUUAGCCCUACAGGACUUGGCCCUUCUUUCUCAACACUCCCCAAUGCGCCGCGCUGAGGUCUUCAGCCUGAGUCAGCCAGGUGGCCACCCUCAUAACUGGAAUGCCAUCAGUAAGGAGUGUCUGUGGCUGCUGUCUGAUCUGACCCAGAGGCUGGUGGCCUAUCACGACACUGUGGCGACAAACGGCCGCGCCAAGUCUCUGUCCACCGGCAGUGAGAGGAAGAGCUCGUCUGAAGCAUCAGUGACUUCUGGAGAUGACCCUUUCUCCCCUCGGCCCGCGGUUCUGCUGAAGACCCCCGCCUCUGUGUUUGCUCGCUCCAUCGCUGGAGGCCCCCACAGCCCCCUGACCGCACCCUUCACCCCAGACCUGGACAGCCCCUUCUCCUCCCCCGCCCUGCGCCGCCUCACCGCCCCAGCUGAACAGUUCUCCCCCUGGCAUGGGACUGUACAGAGCCCACACAUCUUCAAGAGGGGCCCCAAACUCUGGUCCACAUCCACAGACUCCAAAACCAACGGCAGCCCUUUUCCUUCUCCGGCCCCUGUGCUGUCUCCCAAACAGGAAGCCUCCAAACCAGGCUUUUUGGCUAAAUUCCUCCAAAACAGGCGAGAGCAGGUGAAAAAUUUCAUGGCAAAGCGAGUGCUGAUUAUGUAUUUAUUUAACAAGCUCCCUGAAGCAUCCAGUCAGGCGCUGUUCGCAGACAGCCAAGCUCAUAUCUGGGCACUAGAAGGAUUGUCUUACCUUGUCCAGGCUUCAUACACUGAAGAUCAGUUUGGAGUUGUGCAGACUACAUUACCCAGCAUUCUUAGUUCAAUGUUGGUCCUACAAGAGGCUGUGGACCGUCACUUUAAGCUUCCCCAUGCCUCGAGUAAACCCUCUCGCUCCGGCUGCACGAUGGAAGACUGCAGCUACAAAACAAUGCGCUUUGCUCUUAGGGCCACGCUCAAGACCGCCCUCUACAGGAUCACCACCACAUUCGGAGAGCACCUCAAUGCUGUCCAGAUGUCUGCAGAGCAUCGGAAAAAACUGCAACAUUUCCUGGACUAUAAAGAAUAAUUUGACUUUUAUGGAUUCGCAUCUACCUGGUUUCAUAACGAGGCCAUUCGCACAGUGCCUAUUCUAAAAUGGUUUCCUCAAUCCAACGGGGUGAAGCAGAUCUCGAUACAAAAUGAGCGAUCCUUGACUGAACAAAAAUGUAUUCCUAUGGAUUCUGACUUCUGACAAAAAUAGGAAAACAUUGAUUGGUGAUUUAAGUUGCAAAGGGCUAUGAGAUUUGUAACUGUAACUGUAAACCUGUUUGUUUUCUAUAUUUUGUAUGGCUUCUGAGCAAAAGUACUUAAAUCUGUGUCGAGUGAAUGAGUUUGUAUUUUUGUGUGUGUUUGACCACUACAGUUGAAAGAUUAAACGUUCACCAGUUUGAUGUAAAGGAGAGAUGGAGUGAUGAAGUGAUGCUGUGGCUGUUUUGUCUCUUUUGAGUUACAUUUUUAAAGACCUCUUGAAUAAAAACAUGUCAAAGUCA